AUGGUCACUCCUGACCUGGUCCAACUCCUUAUUGAAAAUGGAUGGCUGCACAGAGAGAGGGCGUGCCCCAAGUUCGGGGAACAUGUGAUAAUUAUGAAUGCUUCCAAAAUAAGUGACGGGGUCACGUUCAGAUGCCGAAGGACCUCCUCAUCCACCAGGACGAGUGGAUCAAAGAAGAAACAGAAGAAAACCAGAUGCGAUGAGUUUGUAUCUGUCAGGAAGGAUUCCUCCUUUCAAAAUUCAAAUGUAUGCAUUAAGGAAUGCAUUUGGAAAGGGGAGAGGAUCGGUGGAGAGGGGAAAAUCGUGGAGUUGGACGAAAGUAAGUUCAGCCGCAGGAAAUACCACCAGGCCACCACUUCGAGGGUCAAUGGGUUUUUGGCGGCGUGGAGCGAGGAACAGGAAGGUGUUUCCUCGUUCCCGUCAAGGAGAGGAAUUCAGAGACGCUACUCCGCCUCAUUCGAAUCUGGUGAAAACCCCGAGGAAGACACCGAUGAUGACAGCAGCUCCACUGAUCUCUGA